AUGGGAGUCGAUGGCAUGGAAGAACGGCUCCAGCGUGUGGGGGUGAGCGAGGAGGGGGGGGUAGCGGCGCCCGUUCUCCUCAAGGUGCCCGCCCUUGGGAAGCGACCAGCCAUGCAUCCUAACAUGACAUCCAAGGAGGCUGAGGGGCCGCCGGAGCAGGUGGAGCCGGUGGACCUGAGUGUGAGGACGACCAAGCUGGCAGAGAGGGAUGACCACCACCACCACCUGCCCCUCAAGAGCUUCAAGGACCACACUGGCGUCGUCCUCAAGGUGCCCACCAUCUCCUCCCUCGCCCUCCACAGCAUCGGAGUUGGAGUCGACCUCUCCCUCAAAAAUGAACACGACUCCCCGCCCAGCCCCGAGCCCUUCAGCGUGAGUCUGGAGGCGGCGCUGCGUACGGGCUCCACCACACUCCUCUCCAUAAGCAAGCUCAGAGAAACAUCGUUGGCGUUGUGUGGCAAGAGGUCCCUCAGCGAGAGCCCCUCGCCGCCACCCUCCUCGGGCCCGCCCAUGGCCCACCUCGCCUCUUCGGGCGUCUCCGUGUCCAUUUCCUCCGCCGCCGCCGUCACCGCCGCCUCACUCCUCUCACCGUCUUCACACUCACUCAUCUCCUCGUCCUCGUCGUCCUCGUCGUCUCCUCCGUCUCCUCCCACGGGCGCGCGGGCCCCCGGUCGGCCGCCGCCUCCAACAGCCGACUACACGGACGCACUCAGGCGGCGGAAGGUCCACAAGUGUGACUUUGAGGGCUGCGAAAAGGUCUACACCAAAAGUUCGCACCUCAAGGCACACAAACGCACGCACACAGGGGAGAAGCCGUACCAGUGCACGUGGGACGGCUGCAUGUGGCGGUUCGCACGGUCGGACGAGCUGACGCGCCACUACCGCAAACACACGGGCCAGAAGCCCUUCAAGUGCCAGCUGUGCCAGCGGUCCUUCUCGCGGUCAGACCACCUCUCGCUGCACAUGAAGCGGCACUGAGGGCGCGACGCCGCUGGCUGGUAAUUUUGUCCGCGGGUGUCGGGGCCUUGGCCCUGCCCUGCCCGCUUGGAGGUGCCGAGGGACGGAGCACCCAGUGCCAAGGGCUUGGCUCUUGGACGACGCGCGCAUCGCUGGCCUCAGGGGCUGAGCGCUGGGGGCCGCGGCUGCAGCAGGAGUAUGGCCUCACUUCCCCCCGGCGCUGGCGUGACCCCGGUCGUGGCGCCGGCAGCAUCCUCUCCUCCAGGCCACCGCGCGAGGAGCCGACGGUCUGACGGAACACUGGUGGGGCCGUUGGAAUCCUGUACAGUUUGUGUCGACUUAAAGCUAAAUACAAACCUUCGCCUCGGUGUACGAACAGUAACUCUGUGUUAUCACUAGUGAUAGUGUGUGAUAGUAAGGGAAAUGCACUUUUAAGAACCAGUUGUUCCAACCAAGGAGGAAAAUGCACAAUGGUCACUUAAAAAGGAAAAUAUAAAUCCAGGGUUGCGUCGCUAAUCCCCAGCACGUGACGAGUGCUUCAUGCAGACAAUAUACCGACAUUAUACAUUGAACCGCUGUCUUCCAGAUGCCUUGUGACUUACCAUAGAAUGUAUUUUCACUUCAGAAGAAGCAUGCGCUCCAGAGACAUUCGUCAUGAUUGGAUUUUAUACAAUAAGCUGGUUAUAUUAGCCUCAGCAUUUGGCAACUUUUCACAAAGGUGGGGUUAUUCAAAUCUUUUACGCUUGGAAAGAAAAUUUCAGCAGUGAUACUAUUUCUAAGCACAAAUAGAUAAACAGUGCAUGUAGUAGUCUUCCAACUUCCUUGUGAUGGAAACAGUGUUAACUUACGAGAUCUUCCAUUACUGAGCUGACAGCCCAAGAUAGCCUCGGCGGGGGCACCCACCCCGGCACACCCCCUCAGGAAGCACCCCCCCCCCCCCCUCCCGCCCCCCGUAACCCUUCCUGGCGGGGACCAUGACGUAAUUUACAGUAGUGUAUUUAUUGCUCUUAUUUCCUUUGAGGUGUACAGGAAGCCCCUCCCCUUAUGACCCCCCCGCCCUGACCCUUGACCCUUGACCCCUGCCCCCUUGACCUGUGCCCCGCGCCUCGCUGUGUGCCGCGUCGGGUGCCCCUGGCGAGUUCACUGUAGGGACCACGGGACUACGGGGCAUCAGUGCGAAGCCUUUGCUCGAUUUUAUGUAGGAUACGCAGUCUCCACGAUGUAUUUAGAAUCAAAAGAACUGUGAUUUCUCUCACUGUACUUAUUUCUGCGAUUCUUUCUUUUUAUUCCUUGUUUUAAUGUUUUUUUUUAUCAUCUACUCUUUUUUUUAUUAUCGUCUGAAAUGCACCCAGUAGGGGAUCUAACAUAAGUAUAGUACAAACUGCUAGCCGGAGUGUUUUUAUUUUUGUUUGUUUUUUUGUUUCGUAAAAUUAUUAUUAUUCGAGAUUUUGCUUCUGUGCGACAACAGCUCUGUGGGGUCUGUACUGCCAUCUGGCGGCGCUCUCAGGUGGGCUCCGGGACGCCUGUGUUGUGAGGCCCGGGCAGGUAAUGUAUCCUAAACCUUUCUCUCUCUUCCGUCCUCAUCUGAUUUAUAUUCAUUCAUUGUUGCGCAUUUUUACAUACUUUGAAUCUCUUUGUUAUCAUUAUCGUCCUUUUCACUCGUUACACUACAAGUUUCCAUUUCCACUCACCAUUCUGCUGCUCUCCUCUCGCCUGCUCCUCUUCAUGGUCUUAUUCUAUGCCGUCCAUUGAAGCGGCGGUGUAGACAAGGCCACUCAAGCAAGUAUUCCCAUUAUAAACCUAAAGAGCUUGUUACCUGUUCCUUCUUUUGUUAGUAUUCCUAUGUUUUUUAUCUUACUUAUUCCCCUCGUAAAAUUCCUGCCUCCUCCUUCAAUACUUAUUCAUCUAUUUUAUAUCCAAGAAAUGUCAUCUCCAUAUACAGUAAAAUUUCUCUCCUUUUCUCUUCUUCCCCAGCGAUGCUUACCUGUUCACUCCUUUGAUCACAAUUCGUAAUCUUGCAGUCACGUGAAAAUCAAACGAACGGAUAAUUUAUUAAUCAAAACCAUAUUUAACCCUUUCCUUUAGGCACCUUGAAGUUUUCGUUUGCACACACUUAUAUUUUUCUCUUUUCCUCACACCUUGCUCCUCCGCCUCACGACACACGCGUCCCGCCAGCCCCUGUACUUGUCGCCAUCUGUAGUGUGUAAGGUGAAAAGAAAUCGGUGUUUAUGGUGUGGGUAGCGAGAAAGAGAGGGAGAGAAAGUGCGGAUGUGUGACUCGGAGGCUCAGAGGGUGAAACAAAACCUGGAAGCAAGAGUGAGUUCCGAAUUUGCUUGAGCUUUAACUACGUGUUGUGAUGUAAGGUUGAAAAAGAGGUGUUCUGUGUUGUGUCUUAAUCCUUUAAACCCCCACCACUUCAUCCUGCUUUCGUUCCCUCCAUCCAUCGACCUGCAACUUACUUUCCAUUUUCAGAGCCACGGAUACUCGAGGAGUGGAAACAAAGCAUAACCAAAACGUAAUGACAAAUCGAUGCAAGAUAUGAAUGAGCUUACCUGUACACGUCUAUAUACUUGUAGUCCUAAAUUUAUAAUACAGUACGUGGGGGGAGGGGAAUCUGUUUACCUCAAGCCAUUUGUUUCUAGGGUAGGGUGGCACCGCGGGGUUCUACAAGGGGAUGGUUUAGAUCCUUCCCGUGGCAUCCAGUAGCUUUCCAUGGGUAUUAGAUCGUUUCUUAUUUUGAUAUCGUACGUAUUUUUUUUUCCCAAUUCCUCAGUCGUAGGAAGUAGCAAACACAUACAUUCCGGUUCCUAUGGUCUGAAUUCGUAGUAGAAAUGAGUGAGAGAGACUUAUGAGGUUGUUCGUCGGUCAAGGUGUUAGAGAAAUAGGAGGAGAAAUAGAGAUGCAGGGAUGAACUGAUUACUGUCAUUAUCAUUAUUAUUAUUAUCAUUAUUAUUAUUGACUUGAAAGCAGUGUUAUGGAAGGGCGUCAGGGAGAUUUUGCCCCGUGGAGAAGACUUAGGAGGGAAUAUUUCAAGCAUUAAUUCCUCUUCUCUCCAACUCAACAUUUUUUAAUUACAUUUUUAAGCAAUUUUUCUUUUCCGGACGUAGGUCGAGAGGUGUUUCAUGUAGUCGAGGUGGGCAGGUGACACUUUUUUCGGUGUGUCUGUCCAUCUGUCUGUCUGUCUGUCUGUCUGUGUCUCUGUCCAUCUGCUUGUGUAUUUCUGUACGUGUGUCAUUCUCUCUCUCUCUCUCUCUCUCUCUCUCUCUCUCUCUCUCUCUCUCUCUCUCUCUCUCUCUCUCUCUCUCUCUCUCUCUCUCUCUCUCUCUCUCUCUCUCUCUCUCUCUCUCUCUCUCUCAUGUUUGUCUACUCACAUAUCUUGAAUGUGUGUAUGUGUGCAUGUCAGUGUGUAUGUAAGUAUGUGUAUUUUCUAUUUAAAUAUAUAUCAUAACACUCUCUCUCUCUCUCUCUCUCUCUCUCUCUCUCUCUCUCUCUCUCUCUCUCUCUCUCUCUCUCUCUCUCUCUCUCUCUCUCUCUCUCUCUCUCUCUCUCUCUCUCUCUCUCUCUCUCUGAACACAUCAAUGACAAUAAUCUUCUCCCCUCUAUCUCACUCUCCAUCAACACUCCAGCCACAAGCGGGUCCCAAGGUCAAGUGUGAGGAAGCGACGUCCUCCCCCUCUCACCGCCACACUCACACUGACACAGACGACGCGAGAAGGGGGUUUUAACACUCUUUUGGUCAACCUGAAAGAACGAACUAAAGAGAAAAAUUAGGUCUUCCCUCCGUGUUAUCGGUAGAAGCUUCGUGCCAUAUUUGUUCAGAGUGAAAAAAAAUAGUGUUGUUUUUUUAAUAUAAUUUCCACUGCGUUUUUUUUUUAUAUAUUGGAUGUAUAAGUGAAAUUGUAUCAAAUCGGUGUUGUAUGACUAUUUUUUUUCCUCUCGUGCGUUGACUGAGGGAAAGUUUGGAUAUUUUUGUAAAGUUUCACCGGGACUGUAGAUGUUUCCUGGAGGGGUAAAGUAAAGGUAAGGUACGAAGGUGUUUCCAAAAUUGUCUAAUUAUAUGUAAAGCUAAGGUAAGCACACACAAACGAACACACGUACACAUAGGUAGAAACAAACACACACACACACACACACACACACACACACACACACACACACACACACACACACACACACACACACACACAAACGCAACCAUAAAUGUUAGAGAAUAAUGAAACAGACACGAUUACACACACACACACACACACACACACACACACACACACACACACACACACACACACACACACACACACACACACACACACACAAGGAGGGUUCCCCGCUUGUCUGUCUUGCGAUGACAAUUACAGUUUUUAGCGACAAUUUUGUAUGCUAAGGAUUUUUUUAUAUAGCCGGAUCCAACAUUCCCAACGUAUUCCUGGAGGUUAUUUUGUUACACUGUUCGCUAUGGGCAUUCCUUACUUACCAUUCCAGUUUAGAAACAUUGUAUUUUAUAUGUUAAGUUUGAAUAACAUUAUCGUAGAGAACACUGCUAAAGGAGGCAUAAAGAUUGUUAAGUUCUUUUUAUAUUAUUGCUUCAUUCAGGAAAAAAAAUGUUAAUAGUUUUUCAUCAAUUAUUAUUAUUAUUAUUAUUAUUAUUAUUAUUAUUAUUAUUAUUAUUAUUAUUAUUAUUAUUAUUAUUAUUAUUAUUGAAUACAGAUGUAAUGCACUUCCUCUUGGGGAAUUGUACAGUGUUGUAAAUAUUGUUGUAAAUAUUGUGGAAACUUUUCGUAGUCUUGUAAAUAAAGUGUAUUGUUGACGUCC